AUGCAGCAGAAACGGCCCUCCAACGAUGAAUAUCGCUAUAAGCGCCGUUGGAUUGAAUCCUCUUCACACAUUAGUGGGUCGGAUCUUAACCCCAACAAACCAAUGAGCGCAGCCUCUUGGAGUUACAUGGUAUUUCCAGACUUCUUUGUUACAUUCAAGGAAUGGGAGAAAACGCCACUGGAAGAACUUUUCUGA